AUGUUACGGCUACAGCGUCCUCUAACUAACAUUGUACGUUAUCGUUGUCGUCUUAGCUAUGAACACGGUGCUAGUGCGACACCUUUGGUGCACAAACUGAUUGGAGACGUUCUGCUGAGGUCAGUGGAGCACAGUCCGGACAAAGAGUACGUGGUGUUCAGCAAGCAGAACAUUCGGAAGACAUACGAACAGUUCUAUCAGGACGCCUGUCGCUUGGCCAAGGGUUUGUUGAGUUUGGGACUGAGGAAGGGAGAUCGGAUUGGAAUCUGGGGUCCCAACUACUAUGAAUGGACUGUGACUAACUACGCGGCGUCGUUGGCUGGCAUGAUCACGGUAACUGUGAAUCCGGCUUAUCAGACUGAGGAACUGAGACAUGCUUUGUUGAGUGUGGGAGUCAAGGCCUUAGUUACUCCGCCCAAGUUCAGAAGAUCACAGUACUAUGAGUACGGUAAUUUUAGCUAUUAUUUUUAUUUUUUGCAAUAUUAGUGGACAUUAUGACAAUUUUGAGAUUAAAUUACUUUACAAACUAUAUUUUCAUAUUAUGUAAGUAAAAAUGUCAUUUCAGAACGUUGGCUGAGCUAAUGCCGAGCAUCAGAACAGCUGGGAUUGGAGAAGGUAAUGUGGAAAGCUCAGAGUUACCUGAGUUUAAACAUCUGAUCGUGUUUGACAAGGAUGAAAAGUCUUACGAGUACGUUUUUUUUUUACAUUUACAGCUUUCUUUAGGUGAUGCAGUCGUCUAUAGGAAAAGUAAUACACCCGGUAUUUUUAUUUUAAAUUUAAAAACUGUAAUUUUUUUAAUUUAGAGGCGCUUGGAACUACCGUGACAUCAUGAUGGCUGGUGGUUCUAAAGAGCGCAAGAUUCUGGAAAGUGCACGACAAACCAUGAAGAUCGACGACGCCAUAAACAUUCAGUACACGUCUGGUACUACUGGUCUUCCCAAAGCAGCCACUCUAACUCAUCACAACCUGGUGAACAAUGCCAAGUUUCUGGGUAUCAGUAUGAAGUAUUACGAUGGUGAUCACAAGAUCUGCAUCCCGUGCCCUCUGUAUCACUGUUUCGGAUGUGUGAUGGGACUGCUGAGUGCUACCUACUACAAACAGACGUGUAUCUUCCUUCGCCGUGGUUUGAUGCUGGAGCUGUAA